CUCCCUUUCAUCUGGUGGCCCUAGCGCCACAAGCUGCCGCUGAGGAAGUCCCUGCCGGGAGCAGAAGUGGAGGCAUCAGCAGGAUGGCCUCGGCAAGUCGCUCCCCUCCCGGGCCUCAUCUGCCAAACGAUCAUCUCCUCCUCCGAAGUAGUAUGCAUGAAAGGCGAGUGGAAACUUCACUAAAAUGAAGGCGAUUGACAUAACAGAAGGAACCACAUCCUUUCGGGGGCUUACGAAAAUAAUAAGUUUAAAAAAAUAGGAAGGGAAUUCCCUCGCUCCAUGAUCACUGAGCGCUCUCCUAAGGAAAAGGAAAUCUCCUGGGGGUGCCGACUCCAGGCGGCGGGCUUAGGAUGCUCCCACGCUCCCCGACCCCCAAUCCCCAGGACCCGCAGGACUCCCGGAAGAACGCCCACCAGCCCGCCCGGAGCCACGCGGCACAAGGUGACACGGACCGCGCCGCGCCGGCCCCUCAGCCGCCUGGGCGAGGCCGGGAGCAGGGAGAGGGGCGUCCGCCGGCCCGCAGUACCUUGUACUUAUCAAAACCAGCCAGCUGCUCCGGGCUCACGUAUUCGUAUCCAGCCAUGACGACCCGAAAACUGAGCGCCCACUCGGCAGCGACUCCCGGCUACGAGGCUGUGACACACGAGCACCACACCCGCUGGGCAAGGAUGGGAAGAACUGGGCUGGCAGAGAAGGGACAGAGUCAGGCUGGAGGGGAAUCUGGAUCUGGGCAGCUUCUGGACCCAGAGAAUGGAGCAGGGGAAUCAGCGCUGGUCUCCGUCUAUGUACAUCUGGACUUUUCAGAUAAGACCUGGCCCCCUGAAGUCUCCAGGACCCUGACUUUCCCUGCUGCCUCAGCUUCCUCUUCCCCAAGGCCUCUUCUCACUGGCCUCAGACUCACAACAGAGUGUAAUGUCAACCGCGAGGGGAAUUUCUAUUGUGCUUGCCUCUCUGGCUACCAGUGGAACACUAGCAUCUGCCUCCAUUACCCUCCUUGUCAAAGCCCCCACAACCACCAGCCUUGUGGCUGUCUUGUCUUCAGCCAUCCGGAACCCGGGUACUGCCAGUUGCUGCCACCUGUCCCUGGGAUCCUCAACCUGAACUCCCAGCUGCAGAUGCCUGGUGACACGCUGAGCCUGACUCUCCGUCUGAGCCAGGAGGCCACCAACCUGAGCUGGUUCCUGAGGCACCCAGGGAGCCCCAGUCCCAUCCUCCUGCAGCCAGGGACACAGGUGUCUGUGACUUCCAGCCAUGGCCAGGCUGCCCUCAGCGUCUCCAACAUGUCCCAUCACUGGGCAGGUGAGUACAUGAGCUGCUUCGAGGCCCAGGGCUUCAAGUGGAACCUGUACGAGGUGGUGAGGGUGCCCUUGAAGGCAACAGAUGUGGCUCGACUUCCAUACCAGCUGUCCAUCUCCUGUGCCACCUCCCCUGGCUUCCAGCUGAGCUGCUGCAUCCCCAGCACAAACUUGGCCUACACCGCGGCCUGGAGCCCUGGAGAGGGCAGCAAAGCCUCCUCCUUCAACGAGUCAGGCUUUCAGUGCUUUGUGUUGGCUGUUCAGCGCUGCCUGAUGGCUGAUACCACGUACACUUGUGACCUGCAGAGCCCAGGCCUGGCUCCACUCAGGGUCCCCAUCUCCAUCACCGUCAUCCAGGAUGGAGACAUCGCCUGCCCUGAAGAUGCCUCGGUGCUUACCUGGAAUGUCACCAAGGCUGGCCACGUGGCACAGGCCCCAUGUCCUGAGAGCAAGAGGGGCAUAGUGAGGAGGUUCUGCGGGGCUGACGGAGUCUGGGGGCCCAUCCACAGCAGCUGCACAGAUGCGAGGCUCCUGACCUUGUUCACUAGAGCCAAGCUGCUGCAGGCAGGCCAGGGCAGUCCUGCUGAGGAGGUGCCACAGAUCCUGGCACAGCUGCCAGGGCAGGCGGCGGAGGCAAGUUCAUCCUCCGACUUACUGACCCUGCUGAGCAUCAUGAAAUACUUGGCCAAGGUGGUGGCAAAGGCCAGAAUACAGCUUGACCGCAGCGCCCUGAAGAAUCUCCUGAUUGCCACAGACAAGGUCCUAGAUAUGGACACCAGGUCUCUGUGGACCCUGGCCCAAGCCCGGAAGCCCUGGGCAGGCUCGACUCUCCUGCUGGCUGUGGAGACCCUGGCAUGCAGCUUGUGCCCACAGGACCACCCCUUCGCCUUCAACUUGCCCAAUGUGCUGCUGCAGAGCCAGCUGUUUGGACCCACGUUUCCUGCUGACUACAGCAUCUCCUUCCCUACUCAGCCCCCACUGCAGGCUCAGAUUCCCGGGCACUCACUGGCCCCACUGGUCCGUAAUGGAACUGAAAUAAGUAUUACUAGCCUGGUGCUGCGAAAACUGGACCACCUUCUGCCCUCAAACUAUGGACAAGGGCUGGGGGAUUCCCUCUAUGCCACUCCUGGCCUGGUCCUUGUCAUUUCCAUCAUGGCAGGUGACCGGGCCUUCAGCCAGGGAGAGGUCAUCAUGGACUUUGGGAACACAGAUGGUUCCCCUCACUGUGUCUUCUGGGAUCACAGUCUCUUCCAGGGCAGGGGGGGUUGGUCCAAAGAAGGGUGCCAGGCACGGGCGGCCAGUGCCAGCCCCACUGCUCAGUGCCUCUGCCAGCACCUCACUGCCUUCUCUGUCCUCGUGUCCCCACACACUGUUCCGGAAGAACCCGCUCUGGCACUGCUGACUCAAGUGGGCUUGGGAGCUUCCAUACUGGCGCUGCUUGUGUGCCUGGGUGUGUACUGGCUGGUGUGGAGAGUCGUGGUGCGGAACAAGAUCUCCUAUUUCCGCCACGCCGCCCUGCUCAACAUGGUGUUCUGCUUGCUGGCCGCAGACACUUGCUUCCUGGGUGCCCCCUUCCUCCCUCCAGGGCCCCGAAGCCCGCUCUGCCUUGCUGCCACCUUCCUCUGUCAUUUCCUCUACCUGGCCACCUUUUUCUGGAUGCUGGCACAGGCCCUGCUGUUGGCCCACCAGCUGCUCUUUGUCUUUCACCAGCUGCCGAAGCACCGAGUUCUCCCCCUCAUGGUGCUCCUGGGCUACCUGUGCCCACUGGGGUUGGCAGUUGUCACCCUGGGGCUCUACCUACCUCAAGGGCAAUACCUGAGGGAGGGGGAAUGUUGGUUGGAUGGGAAGGGAGGGGCGUUGUAUACCUUCGUGGGGCCAGUGCUGGCCAUCGUAGGCGUGAAUGGGCUGGUACUAGCCAUGGCCAUGCUGAAGUUGCUGAGACCUUCGCUGUCAGAGGGACCCCCAGCAGAGAAGCGCCAAGCUCUGCUGGGGGUGAUCAAAGCCCUGCUCGUUCUCACACCCAUCUUUGGCCUCACCUGGGGGCUGGGCCUGGCCACUCUGUUAGAGGAAGUCUCCACGGUCCCUCAUUACUUCUUCACCAUUCUCAACACUCUCCAGGGUGUCUUCAUCCUAUUGUUUGGUUGCCUCAUGGACAGGAAGGUACGAGAAGCUUUGCGCAAACACUUCUGCCGCGCCCAAGCCCCCAACUCCACCAUCUCCCUGGCCACAAAUGAAGGCUGCAUCUUGGAACACAGCAAAGGAGGAAGCGACACUGCCAGGAAGACAGAAGCUUCAGAGUGAAGCACACACGGCCCCAUGUUCCUGCAAGGGAGUUGAGGCUGUGUGCUUGAACCCACCAGAUGAGCCCUGGCCCAAUGCUCUGAACUCCUCCCACCUCCCGGAGCUCAGCUCUUGAGAAAGGCAGGCUUAUAUUUCCCUUAGUCACACUCAUUUAUCUUACAGCUCACCCCUUGUCAUUUCUAAAGUAUCCAGCAAGAAUAGCAGGAAAAAUGAGCUAAAGGCACCUAAUGAAUAAGCCUGACUUUGCUCCAGAAAUAAUCAACAGAUAUCAAAGUGCGGAAUAAUUACAAGUAAACUUUCUCAACCAGUUUUUAACUACAACAAUACAUGUUGUGAAUGAAUAUAUUUGAUAAAAAUGGUUUUAAUUGACCUAUUCAGCGAAUUCUGAUUAUUUCUUUUUCAAUAGUUAUGAAGAAAGGAUGACUUAAUUGACUGAUCUUCCAAACAUUGGAGAUGAAGGGCAGAAUUUGAUUUGUUUCUUUUCAAGUUUAGGAAAACAUGAAGUUCAUUGGUCCCUCUUUCUUUAACCUUUAAAAAAAAUAUAUAAAAUAUAAGUUUCAUAACCAUAUCCAUGUAUAGAGUCAUUGAUUGAUAUAAGCAUGUUGUAAGAAUAGGUUAUAAAAAUUUAAAGUUUAAUAUAAAUUUAUAUCAAUUAAUAAAGUUUAAUUUAUAUUUUAAAAUGAAUACUAGAAGACAGUCUUUUUGAAGACACCAAGAUAUCUAUCUGGCUGAAUUAACUUAACUUAUGGAAUUCAUAAGAGGAAGAUGACAGGAUUCUGAGAAAUUUUUAAACUAGAUACAUGAAAAAUGUCUGAUGAAUUGGUCUUUGUUAAUUAUGCAAUUCAUGAUAUUUUUUAUAAAAUGGGGCGGGGGCAUUUUCUGUUAAAAAUGGGUAUGCUAUCAC